ACCCUAAACGCGAAAACCUUUCAAGCUUCUCGUAAACCUAGCUACACCAGUCUCGCUUGUGAUCGGAAUCCAUGGGCAAGUCUAGCAAGAAAUCCGCCACCAAAGUUGAAUCACCUGCUUCAAUGACAAAGCCACUCAAGAAAGGUAAGAGAGAUGCCGAGCAGGAUUUGGACAUCCAAGUUCCGAAGAAGCAGAAGAAAGAGUUGAUUGAUGCUGUUCAGAAGGAGAUAUCUGAGAAAACAGUACCGAAGAAGAUAGAGAGUAGCAGUUCUGACUCAUCUGAUUCUUCUGAUUCUGAGGAAGAUCAGAAGACUAAGAAAGUCCUUGCAAAGGAACCUCCUUCUAAGCAGAAGGAUGACUCUUCUUCUGAUGACUCUUCUUCGGAGGAGGAACCUGCGCCUGUGAAGAAGCAACCAGAACCUAUCAAGAAAGACAAGGUAGAGAGCAGCUCAUCUGAUGAUGAUUCUUCUUCAGACGAGGAAACUGCCCCUGUGAAGAAGCAACCAGCAGGAGUCCUUGAGAAGCAACCAGAACCUAUUAAGAAAGACAAGGUAGAGAGCAGUUCAUCUGAUGAUGAUUCAUCUUCAGACGAGGAAACUGCCCCUGUGAAGAAGCAACCAGCAGCAGUCCUUGAGAAGCAACCAGAACCUAUUAAGAAAGACAAGGUAGAGAGCAGUUCAUCUGAUGAUGAUUCUUCUUCAGACGAGGAAACUGCCCCUGUGAAGAAGCAACCAGCACCAGUCCUUGAGAAGUCCAAGGCAGAAAGCAGUUCAUCAGAUGAUGGAUCUUCUUCGGACGAGGAACCCGCCCCUGUAAAGAAGGAACCUACAAUUGUUAAGAAAGACAGUUCUUCUGAGGGUGAAUCUUCUUCAGAUGAGGAAACCGCCGCAGUGAAGAAGCAGCCAACAACAGUUCUUAAGGAUGCCAAGGCAGACAGCAGUUCAUCGGAUGAUGGAUCUUCUUCUGACGAGGAAUCUGCCCCUGUGAAGAAGCAACCCGCAGCCCUUAAGAAUGCCAAAGCAGAUAGCAGUUCAUCAGAGGAGGAAUCUUCUUCGGACGAGGAGCUCACACCUGCCAUAAAGCCAACUGUUGUUAAGAAUAUCAAACCAGCUGCAAAAGAUUCAUCAUCCUCAGAGGAAGAUUCUGAUGAGGAGGAAAGUGAUGAUGAAAAACCUCCUACAAAGAAGGCUAAAGUUUCAUUAACAAAAACUUCUAAAAAAGAAAGCUCUAGUGAGGAAUCUAGUGAUGAAUCUGAUAAGGAGGAGAGUAAAGAUGAGAAAGUGACCCCAAAGAAAAAGGAUUCUGAUAUUGAAAUGGUGGAUGCAGAGCAGAAAUCAAAUGCAAAGCAGCCAAAGACACCAACUACUCAGACUCAGGGAGGAUCAAAGACGCUAUUUGCUGGAAAUCUUUCCUUUCAAAUUGAGAGAUCUGACAUGGGAUAUGGGCAUGUUGAAUUUGCUUCUCCAGAAGAAGCUCAGAAGGCAUUGGAACUGAACGGUGAAAUGUUACUAGGGCGCGAUGUUCGGCUUGAUCUUGCUAACGAGAGGGGUCAACGAAACAGCAAUCCUGGCCGCAAAGGAGAAGGAAGCCAAAGUCGAACGAUUUUUGUUAGAGGAUUCAAUUCUUCUCUUGGCGAAGAUGAAAUCAAGAAAGAGUUGAGAACUCUUUUUAGUAACUGCGGAGAGGUGACAAGGGUUCAUGUUCCAACAGAUCGUGAGACUGGUGCUUGCAGGGGGUUGGCUUACAUAGAUUUGACGAAUGGAUUCGAUGAGGCGUUGCAACUGAGCGGAAGUGAAAUUGGAGGAUGGAACAUACAUGUGGAAGAGUCUAGACCAAGAGAUAGUGAUGAGGGGCGUUCCUCAAACAGAGCACCUGGUAGAGCACCUCGUGGACGUUACUCAGAUAGAGCACCUCGUGGACGUUACUCAGAUAGAGGAGCACCUCGUGGCCGUUCCUCAGAUAGAGGAGCACCUCGUGGCCGUUUCAGUACGCGUGGAAGAGGACCCAGCAAACCAAGUGUAAUUGAAUCAGCUCUAGGGAAGAAGACGGUCUUUAAUGAUGAAGAGUAGAAGAAAGCUUUUUUUGUUGGAGAGGGCUCUUGGUUUUUGUUCUAUCUUAUAGUAGUAGCUUUUUUGGCCUAGUUUCUUUUUGUUUUCUAUUGAGAAAAGCAUUAAGCUUUAUGUGAUGAGUUGUACUCUUCUUAAGAUAUUUUAUGUUGGUUUUUCUUAAACUUAAGAGCAGUUUACUAUGCUGCGUAAAUUUUGGAAUAAAUCGCUUAACUUCAU